GGCAGGGAGCGUCCUCCUUGAUUUCUCUAGGAUGUCCUCUUUAACAGCGUUAGGGAAAAAUUGUGGCCUGUUGCCAACUUUCCUUUCCUGUUGUCACGUCCCCUAUUCAGCUUAGUUUUAAUCUCAUGCUUUAAAAAAUAAAAUCACUUGCUCUGUGGAACAUGAGGCCCCGACGAAAGGAGAGGGUGCCCCUUUUCCCUCAGUUCAGGUAGCUCAUGGCUAAACUGUGAUAAUCAUCAUUUAUAGAUGUAACUUCUACCAUCUGUCCCCUCAACCCUUCCUUUGCCCCAAACUGGCAUUAUACUGAUGCCAUUUCAAGACCCAGCUAAAGCCAUGAUGAACAUCUCUUUCGUUUCAACUGAGUUCUUUCCCCAUCUCAUAUCAAGACAUUGUAGAAAUAUCUUUUUUUUUUUUAAGCAAAAGAGGUAUUUGGGGGAAGAGAUAAUCCCCAUGUCCCAUUUCUUACUACUCUGUCCACAAGUUGCUUUCUCAAGGUGGCUGCUGGAUCAAAAUCUGGCCGAUGAGAAAAGGGCUUUUGAUGACAAGGUUGAUGUUGCAUUGAUUAGCAACGGGCAGAUAUGCUGACUCUUUGCUCUCAGUUGCAGUCCCCUUCAUAUGUGAGUGGGGCAAAACCAGAUUUGACACUGCUUCCUUCACUCUGGCCCUCAUCUGACAUUGUCCCUUCCCAUCUCAUCUUGCACCUUGUCCUUUGCCAACCAGACUGGCUGGCGCAUGGAGGAUCUGGUGCAUUUUUCCACCAGAAGAUCCAGCCACGUCUAGGGUAGAGACAUGUUGACUCCACCAGAUCCAAGUUGACUAGAAGGAUUAGACUAAGGGGUUGGACAGUCCCUUCCAACCAGAUGCUUCCAUGACUCCAAGUUGACAUCUUUGCAGAACUAAGUUUUUGUAGUCUUGUCCACCACGACCAUCAUGGUACUUGUCGUCUUGAGGAAUCCUACAUUUCUUAUUAAAGCAGGGAUUGGGUGUAGUUGAGUCGGUCAAGCGAUUUCUCAGCAAAACGAGUUCCUAGAAACAACCAUAGAGACUUAUAGGGGUUAGAGAUCUUCCAGGGGAUCAUACAAAUUUACAGCUGCAUCAUUUUUCCCCCCUCUUCUGCCACUUGCAUUGUCACUUCUGUUUCCUUUUAGAAGGAGAUACCAAAUUGGGCAGUUUGUGGGAACUGAGAACAACCAGGAAAAGUGGAUACCAGCCAGGAAUAAAGAACAAAUCGAUUUCAGAUCCUCAUUUUUCUGGCCCAAAGUUUCUUUCCGCGUCAUUUUCAGAUUAUUUCUGUAAACAAACAAGUUUGCACAAAAAUCUGCAUGCGUUCUUGUGUGCGUUUCUCUAAACAUAUGCAUUUUUGUACUUGGUUUCUCCUAAAAUAAGCCAUUGUUGCUAUUAUUUUUGCAAGUCCAACAUCUCUUUCAAAAUCACAUUCUUGUUUCAAAUGGUUGAUUUAGGGGUGAAGGUUCAGGCAGUUAAGUAUAACAAGUAGGAUUUUUUGUUCUUAUUUCAUAAUCACCAAAGAUGGUAUUUUCCCAGAAAUAUCUUUCUUGAUGUUUUUUGCUUGUCUUUUUGCACUUCCAUGCAAUAUACUUUUUUAAAAAAUCAAUGUUUUAAAGAAAAUGAGACAACUUUAAUUCUGUUCAGAGAUAAAACAGAGAUUAAACUCCUUCUUCAAACUGUUUGCUUUAUUCCCCUUGCCUAAUUAACAUGUAUUAUAAUUAAUACAAAUUUUACCGGUAAGAAAAAGUCAGAGAAUAUAUUGAGAGAUCUUAUAAAUUGAAUUUUAUUUUUUAGCUCUUGUUAUGUGUGGUUGGAGAGUGUGAAAUAGGCUGAGGGCUGAAUUUUUUCUUGUUUGUUGGUUGGUGUCCUCUCUCUACACUGCAAAUAAUUUAAAAUCUAUUUGUAAAAUCACCAGGCGCAACUCAAAAAAUAAAGAUUAUUUAACCUAUUUGCCUCCGAUUGCUUUGUCUGCAGCUCUGAGCAAUAUCAAAAUUUCUUUGUUGUAAUUAUUCAGAUGCCUGCCUUUCCUCUAAGUUGUCCAAUGUGCCCAAUUCUUUCCUAGUGUGUCAUGAACAGUAUCUCUCUGAGAAGGUCUUCAAUUUUGAGGUUUGUGGUUGAGCGGAGAUGUAAUCUUGAGUUUCCAUAAUUGAUUCUAGAAUGGAGAUCCAAUUUUGCAAAAGCUGCUAGUUGGGGGAUCCUGUUUCCUUCUAACAACUUCCUCUUCCUCCUCCUUGCUGGUGCUGGUACUUGGGUUUGAUUUGCACCUCUUUCCUGAGAAAAAGCUUCAAAAUUCAAAAAUUCUGUGUCCUUAAAGAGAGGAACGGAGAAGCUGGUCCCUCCAUACAUUUUGGCCUUCAACUCCUGCAUGCCUGUUUCCAGAAUGACCAACAGCAAGGAGUAUGGGCCUUGAAAUCUGUUUGACUGGGUUCUCCUAAAAGUUGUGUCCUCCUGUUUUUUUUAUAGUUUUCCAACUUGAUCAACAAGGACUUGUUGCAAUUCACGACCAGGGGAACCAUUACUGGUUGCCUUUUAUGGACGUAUCUGGUGUUCCUUUCCUUUCUCCAAGUGUUCAUGAUUCUGCAGCUCACUCUCAGUUCAUUACAAACAAUGUCACCAUUCUAAUUUUUGGGUGGGUGGCAAAGACGUUUUAUGGGGAUCAGCUUACAGUAUGUAUUAGUUCUGCUAUCUGCAGCAUUCCAUAUGAAGACAGAUGAUUCCUUUUAAGGCCCACUGUAGAGAAUACAGAACAUUACAGUAUUUCUUCAUGGUAUUAUUAGUCCUCAGAGGUGUGUUGUAAAAAAUAUAUAUAUAUAUACACACACACACAGACACACACACACAUAUAGGAUUAGAAUUGUCAUUUCUCUUGGUACACUGUGUAAUGUGAUGGUGUUACAGCUUGCAGCUCUUACUGAUAGAUCGUAUUUCAUGAGACUGUUAUGUAGGUGUGUGAAUCUGCUUGGCAAGCAGGUGAUCCACGAUUCAGGACUCAGUGUCAAUUCCCCUAACGGUAACCAAGAAGCAAAAUUCUCACCAAGUCUUGUUAGCUGAGUUUAUUGCAGGGAAAGAAAGAAUCAGGUUACUGAAUCUUGAAAUGUGCAUACUUCAGCUCUCCUUUUCUCAGUGAGUGUGUUCCAGUGGGGGGUCCUCAAUGCAUUUUUGAUCCUCUUUCCAACUCUCUUGAUUUAAGGAGGAGCUGGCUGGCCAUUUAGCAGGUAUGAAUCUCUGUUUGUUCUUGUUCUGCAAAAGUUUGCAAACAUCCAAUCUCACUCCCAGGCUCAAAGACUUCCAUUGCAUUCAUCAACCUUGAUUCGAAGGGUUUCAGGGUUUCCAUGCUGGAGAAAAAUUGGUAUCAGGCCUUGUAGUUGAAAAGGAUCCUUAUAAAUAGGUGCUGUACCAUAUCUGUAUGUAACUCAGCUCAUAGACUUGCUUUCAGAAGAAUCCUGGGCUUGUUUUUCAUCCAGCAUCUUAAUUCAAGAGAACAGCUGCUGGUGAAGUUAGAUCAUGUUGAGCUAGAUGGACUGAUGCUGCUGUAGAACUUUAUACUUAAUGUCUAAGCGAGGUAUAUAAAUGGCACAUAGACAUACGUUGUUUUCGAAGUUAAGCAAGGUAUCUUCUCUGACUACCAUCCAUCCAACCUGAGUUGUCAAGUUCAGUAGUCUUUAAAGGAAGAGGAAGCUCCUAUUGGUUUUGCUAAGAGUUUUCCAGGAGCGCCACCAGAGACCAGGUAACCUCCCGAGAUCAUGGUCUAGAAGACAAUCCCGUUGUGGAGAAAGCUGAUGGUUUGGAAGGGCCAAGACCUCUUGACUCCUGAUCCACACCUACAAAGAGUGCUGAAGCAGCAUUUCCAUCUGCGUAUGUUUCCUGGUGGAUGGCUCCUUUAUUUUCCUGACUCUCCUGGCUUCUGAUUCACUGAAUGGAUGCUGGUAAGUAUUAAUAUAUUGAUCUAUAUUGAAGAGAUGCUAUGAUGUGGGAAGGGCAGGUGAGAAGUGAAUGAUAAGGACAGGUUGGGAAGACUAUAAAUUAUCAGGAUGAUCAGAAGUAGCUUGAUGAGACCAUCGGAUGCAGAUCUGAAAACUCUAAUUAUGAUCCUUUCUGGCCAGGCAGUUGACUGCCUUGUUGUUAUCACAGCCACUGCAGACACACAGACACAGGUCUUGAACGUUUGGGUACCACCACCAUUAAACUGGGCAGCCUUUGUGUCCCAUUGCUGACCAAAAUAUCAGCUUCCGUUUCAGCUGCAGGCAUUGUUGUUCCACGCCAUGGGAGAAAAGGAAAGAAAACUUACUUCAAAACACAGCCUUUGUUUAUAUUUUGAUUUUAUUCACCAUGUCCCAGAAUGGUCCUCACCUUUCUUUACCUCUCCAAGGAUUUGGAUGCCAGCCUGGAUGCAUGCAAAGAAACAUAGCUUGUCCGUCUUUGUGCAAAUCCACUUCAAGGUGGACUUCAAAUCAAGGUUGGACAUUUCCUCCGCGUUCCAACUCACCCUGUUGAUCGGUUUUCCUGGAAUGUUUCCCCUUGCUUUUUCUUUUUCUCGUUUUGCUUUCAAGAAAAUCUCCGCUCCUGGACUCAAGAGAUGGGAUCGCUCUUGCUCUAAACUUCCAGUGUCCUUGAAGUCUUGGAAGGAUCUUGCCAAUGGCAAAACUGAAUGUAUGAUGUCCUGGCGUCUCGUCCAACAUUGUUCCUGGCAUAAAGCAUCUCUCAUUAAUAUUCACAAGGCGCUAGUUCACCAUUUAACAUUACCAUGAAAGUUUUUUUUCCUCCCUAAGGGGGUGUGCGUGUGUUGUUUUUUGCCUUGUACCUAAAGACAGAGAACAGGCCUCUACAUUCAGAAAGCCCAAGUGGAUUCUCACUCCCUGUUGCAGUUGAAAGAAUUACCUAUUGUACACACCUUUAAAUCCAGCCACUGCCCAUACUGAAUUUAUGCAUUUUAAAGGCAUUCAUCUUGUUUGCCAUGGAGACUCAAACUUGCCGACGAUGUGUAAUCCAAAUGGUGAUUUUAAUAUCCGUAUUGAUAUAUCUAUAUCUACCUCAGUAUUUCUGAAUGUUGUGCAUUCUCCUCUCGGUCCUCCACAGAUCUGGGAUGUCUGCAUUUUCUUUGGGUGAAUUUUGUUUUUUAAAGAGAAAAAGGAAAAGGCAAGGGACGGUGGGCUCACCGUUCAAGCAGAAAGCAGAUGAAGAUGAAUGGUAGAUCUUCUGGUGAUGCUUUGUGAAAUGCUGAAUUAUUCAACAGCGGCCAAAGGUCACAACCCUUCUGAUUUUGCUGCCUUAUUUCUACCAAAUUCUGCUGUAAAUCAGAAAGGUCCCUAUUAUCAGCGUUUUCUAUUUACAUCUAGCAAAAUGUUUUGAAAUGUUUCCCGACUCUCCUGUCCCAAAGGUUCCUAUUUUUUCCUUCUGCCCGCUCUUUCAAAACUAACUUGUCUCUGUGGACAAGGAACAAGCCACGUUUUGGGCCAUACCGAAUGCUAUGGCCCCACUGGGGCAGAAUUUAAGCGGGAAGCUACCCAGCGAAAUCUUCCCCGCGUGGAGAGACCUAGCACGUCAGGGACAGAGGAAGACCAGAAUAGUUUCCCCUUGUGACCUGUGAAUGGGAAUGGGCUCCCAACGUUUUCGCCCUGCAGGAGAAUCUACCAUUUUGGCUGAAGGACUGGGAGAGGCAUAGGGGAACGCACCACCUUCCAAGCAAGAACCGGGAACAAUGCUUUCCCUUUUGAAAGCCCCCUGCCCCCCCAACUCCUCCUCUCCUGAGUGGCCGAGGGGGGACCGUGCGGUUGAUUGAUGCAGUGAUUUUCCCAGAAAGGGCUCAGCACCGGCUGUGUCUGCUGCAGCAGCAAAGGAGCUGUGCCCCGCGAUUCGGAAGGUGCCACCAACCGUAAGUGAGACUUUUUCUGUCUCUGUCUCCACUUUUUCCCUUUCAAAGCAGUCGCCUUCUCGAUGCCGUUUCUAAGUUCAGCUUUCCAGAAAGAGAGAACGCAUUUCUGCUGGACCAGUGUGGGAAGAUUAUUGAGAAGCGCAAUCGAAUAGAACUUCAGGUAUGGCCCAGGUGUCCUGGCCGAGGUGGACCAUUGGUACAGAAAACCCUGCCCAGAAUUUCUCCCAACUUUUCUCCAAGGCAAAAGGUUGCGUUUCCAUCAGGAGCGUCCGAUAGAUUCCAGGGCGGGCAAAAGAGAAUAUAGGUGGCGAGGCUGCUGAGAUUUUGCUGAGAAUUUCCAAUCGCCCUUAGACUUCCCCCCCAAGAUGUGCCAUUUAUGAAUAUAUUCAUCUCGCUCUUUUUAAAUGAACUGAAUACAAAAACCAAACGAAAAGAGAAAGAAUGCAGAAAAGUUUGUUUUUGUCUUUGUUUUGUGGAUUUCGUUAAUUAAAAAAAGGAAAAGAAGGUAUUUGCCCCAUUCCUAGGCAACGGUCCAUUUUGGUAUUGAGGAAUGGAGUAGCGAGGGUUGGCGCUUUCUUCCCCAUUUGGAAAUCUUAAAUGCAGUUUCAGCCUUUUCCGUUUAAUCUCCUGUUGGAUGGCAAUGGUGAUGAUUCCGGAGUUUCUACAUUCUAUUAGUUCCAGAUAAUAGUUCUACAAAACUAUUCAGCUGGAAGAAGCUUUCUAUUUAAAAAAAAAUGUUUUAACUAUCAUGUUAUGCUUUGAAUCCAGAUGGAUUCAGUCAAAUAAAUUGGUUUCCAAAAUGUAAUUGGCUGGAGGAGAAUGCCUACUGAGAUCCCCACCUGCUUCUGUUGCAGAAUUCGCUCUCUGUGCCUUCUUCUCAAGUCAUCAGUUUGUGUGUACGUAUGUACGCACAGACUUCUGUAUAAAUUAAAAUCUCCUUCCCUCCCAAACUUAAGACUUUGCUUUCUCCCAAACCCAUCUAUCACCGAAGCGUGCGUUGUUAUCUUCAUACUUGUAUUGAAUCAUCUGAUGGGACCCAAUUCUACCCCUACAUAAAUUAAAAAAAAAAAAAUCAUUGUAUUCAGUCAUGCUAGGCUACCCCAUCGCCUGAGGCUACAUUUGGCUCCCUGAUGAUUUAUUCUGUUCAAGUUCUCCUUCAUGCAGAAAUCUAGUACUUCAGGGAGAGGGCUAAAUGAGAACAACCCCCUUUCUAAGAAUGGGCUUGUUUUCCAGCAUGUAAGUUGUGCAUCGGGGUCCUGAAAUGAGACGGUCUCAGAUGAUGUUGAGGAAAUAAGUACACUCUAAUUAACUGUGUGAUUUUUUUUCUCUCUAACAGAGGCACCCCGGUAGAAAAUUCUCCACUGUGAUGGGCAAGGCUCUCGGCUUUAUCUUUUGUGCGAUUUUCCUUUUGCUUGGAGAACUUAAAUGGGCAGAGGCAGCUGAGGAUGGUGAUUCCAUUAGCAAGGACAGUGAUUCUCUUGGGGCAGGGGGGAAAGAUGUACCGAUGGUCUAUGUGACAACUAUUCUGGAGGAUCCCUAUGUGAUGGUCAGGGGCACUGAGUUAGAAGGUUACUGCAUCGACUUGCUGGAGAAGCUGUCGGAAAUGCUGCAUUUCAAAUACAAAGUGGGGAUCGUGAAGGAUGGGAAAUAUGGUAGUCUGAGUUCCAACGGGAGCUGGUCCGGGAUGAUCGGAGAGGUUGUGAGGAAGGAAGCUGACCUCGCCGUGGCUCCGCUGACGAUUACAUCGGUGAGAGAAGACGCCGUGGACUUCACCCAGCCGUUCCUGCACACGGGCAUCGGUAUCUUGCUCGAGAAAGAAGCUGCUCUGGAGGAGGCCUCGCUCUUCCACUUCCUGACCCCUUUCAGCAAGGAGACCUGGGCUGGGAUCCUCCUUGCUUACUUCCUCUCCAGCCUGUGUCUCUUCCUGGCCGGAAGAAUGAGCCCUUCUGAAUGGAAUGAAAACCAGGAGAACUACUUCACCUUCCUGAACAGCCUGUGGUUUGGUGCCGGGGCGCUCACCUUGCAAGGCACCAUUCCUCGACCCAAGUCCCUUUCCAUACGGGUCAUUUCUGCCAUCUGGUGGCUGUUUGGCAUUGUGGUCCUGGCGGCAUACAUCGCCGGCUUCAGCUUUAUUCUGGAGUCGGCCUCCCACCAUCUUUCCAUCGAGAGCUUUGAAGAUCUGGUGAAGCAAAGGCAGCUGGAGUUUGGGACCAUGGAGGGAUCUUCUACUCUCCAAUAUUUCAAGAAUUCCAAGAGUCCGGUCCAGCAGCUGGUCUACGAGUCCAUGAGCAAGAAGGAGGCCGUCCUGACCAAGAGUUACCAAGAAGCGAUUCAGCGAGUGCUGGCUUCCAAUUAUGCUUUCAUCGGAGAAUCCAUUUCUCAAGAUCUCGCUGUUGCCCGGCACUGCAACUUGGUCCGGUCCCCAGAAGUCCUGGGGGCCCGAGGUUUUGGCAUUGCGACCCCAAAAGGAUCCUCCUGGACCAGCAAACUCUCCGUGGCUAUCCUGAAACUUGGUGAGUCUGGAGACCUGGACUAUCUCCGCAGCAAGUGGUGGGAAAGCAGCUGUUCUCACGAAGACCAUGACAAGUGGAGUCCUCUGAAGCCCCAAGCUCUGGGCGGGAUCUUCCUCCUGCUGGCCCUCGGUCUCGCAUCAGGAAUGGCGGUCGCCACGAUCGAGCUCUCCAAACAAAGCCGCCACACCGCUCAGCAGGAGAAGAAAUCUUGCUGCUCUGUGUUCACCAAGGAGCUGAGCCAGCGGUUCCAAAGAAGAGAAAACAGGAAGCAAGAAAAUGCAGAAAAAUCAAAGGCGUGAAGAAACAGGGCAGAAACCCGGGGCCAAACCCUCACGAACUGUUUUUUCGGCUCUUUCCUUUUUUCUCUUUUUUCCUUCCUAUGCAUUCUGUAAAAGCCCACUUAGCGGGGUUUUGGUAAAAGUAGGGCACAUCUGGGCAAACACUAGCAUAGCUUCUUUAUAAUCAUGCAAAUCCUAGAGCCCUUUCUCUCUCUGGGCAAGAUUGCAGAUGACGGCAUUGUCAGCUAACCCCGGUUUCUGCGUCUUAACCUUUCUAGCAUUCACACCAGUAGCGUUCUAGCCUGACUGGUUUUGUCAGCGGGAGCCUUUCCCGGAUGCUCAGCGAAGGCAUAAAGCGUGUCCUACGUAAAGAGUGCCCCCGGAAGGCAGAGAGGGUCCACGUAGGCACGAAUUUAGAGGAAGGGGGACCACCGAGAGUCAGAAUGAGCUUCACAAUCAGCAAAGACAAGUUUCUAGUCCUCAGCAGCCUUGGGGACAUGUUGGGCCUCAAAAAACAAAUUGCUAGGCGGUGUGUCUGAGAUGGGGGUGCUGAGAGGCUAGGCAGUGGGUCUGAGAUGAUUUUCCAGCUGCUUCUUUGAAAUUCCUCAACACGGGCAGAGUCAGAGAGCACGUGAACUUGCCAAACAUGUUAGGGGAUCCAUCACCAGCUGCUCCUUGGCCUAGAUUUUUAAUUUUCAUUAAUGGAAACGAUGCCCACCUCCUAAAAGCCUUCCUUUGUUAACAGCAGCGGACCUGAAAGGGUUCGGGAUUAUCCGAUGCUUCAUCCAGAGACUCCUGGGUGGAUCUUGCAAGUGUCGUCUUAGAAAGGCAACAUGAUGCCCUCUGGGAGAGAUGGGCGGCAUAUAAAUUUAAUAAAUAAAUACAAUAAAUGACGCACUUAAAAGUACCCCCGAUUGCAAAGGAAGAGGACCCCUGUCUUCAAAAAGCAUCGAUCCACGAAAGGCCUCGAGGGCCCCUGGUUGAUUUCAGCCGGAUCCAUGCCCUCCCGUGUUGAAUUCCCACCAAAGGUCCCAGCAGCGAACAGGUACGCAUUUGAUUUCCCAAGCAGGGUAUCUGGGAGAGGGGAGGAAAAACACCGUCCCCCAGGGCAAUAGGAAAUAAAUUAUACGGAAGCCCUCCCUGCAAGGUGGGACCAGGAAAGGAAGAGGUGGCCGGCUGACACUGCGAGCGCAGCACAGGAUCAGUGGGGCUUCUAGGAGUUACACAAUGACUAAAUAAAAGAACAUUGCGAC